AUGCUCGUGAGCCUUGUUUACGCCGCCAUAACGGACUUCCGUGUUUUCGUCCAAUCAGAAAACGGGGCUUGGACAUUACGCACGCGCCUUGAGCAUGAGCGCGUGGAUGGAGGGGGUCCACGAAGAAGAGUGAUGAUGAAGAGUGCAUGUUUUUUACCUCAUGAGAACUUCCGUGGUUCGACUCCCAGGCGGCACUUUCUCAGUGGAAAAAUAAAGGAGAGGUGGCGAGACAGACCUGGUAGUUUUGGCAAAAAAGAAAGAGUGGCUGGCAACACAAAUUUGGAGAAUACACCUCAGUACGAGCCACCCUCACAUGUGUCUUCGAUUGAGGAGUCAGUAAAUACUCGCACUGUGGAUGACAGAAAAGACCACCUCCAAUUACAGACAGUGAAUGUAUAUGAUGAAAGCAUGAGAUUUUCAAAAGAUUUUGAUCUUGGUUUAGGGGAGAUUAGUCUAUUGGAGGAUAUUGCCAAUGGUCAAGAAUGGGCCAACUUCUUACAAAAAGAUUCCACUGCAUCAAAUCAGGAAGUCUCUUUACAAGAAGCUGUGGACCGAACAGCGACUAAUCAUUACAAUGGUGGAGGAUCUAAAAGGAGCUCAGUAUGGAGUGAACAUGACGUUGGAAGUACAGCAUAUGAGGCUGGGACAAAUGGAGAUGCCUCAAACACAGACAUUGCCAUGACACAGGUGUCCUCUGACCCUCUCAUCAGCAUGGACAUCACAGAGAAAACACACUCACAGUCAGAGCUGAUGGACCAUGGACAAAACAUGUCUGAUGUGCAGAUUCCAGUCAGUGAAGAGCAGCCACAGCCUCAACGCUCCACCAAAAUAGAGUUGAAAAAUACAAUGGACAACUCCUCUCUGCGAAGUAGAAACAGCCUCGGCAGGAAAAGACAGCACCAGUCAUAUGAAAGCAUAGAGACAAGGUUCCAAAGUGUGCAAACAAAUGGAAACGUCACCAUAGAUGAUGGAUCAGUAUUUUUGCCAGAUAACCAUGCACCUUCAUCUUCAUCCAUGACCAAACCACCUCCUCUUCGCGGUGUUCUCAAAUCAACACUUUCCUGUGAUUCGACCUAUUCAGUGGAAACAGUCCAGAAAAAGCGGCGUGUGGAGGAGACUCGGCACGUGCGCUUCUCAGAAGAGAUUAUUGCCAUCGAGCCUCCGGACCUGGGCCCAGCUGUGUCCGAGUCAGAGGAGGAGUCAGAAGAGGAGUCAGAAGAGGAGUCAGAGGAGGUGUUACUGGACAACUCUUUCCUGGAGGAGGACAAUGAGGUGCAAACUGAGCCAGCGCUGAUACGAGCAGUCAGACCGGAGCAGGCAGCACCAGGCCGCCGGGCUGCGCUGCCCGGCUGGAUACGAGCCCUAAAGAGACGAAACACGGGGAAAGAGCCCAGAUAG